GGCUUACGUCACCGAGCGGAAGCGUUGUGUUUAUCAAGAUGCCUCAGUGCGUUGUUUUUUCUUCAGUUUACUAAAAUAUCUAUUAAAAAAUAUCGAUUUAACAGAAUACAGUCUUUUUUAAUACGCUGUUGAAGCAAUCCCCGACAGUCUGGAUAAAUAUCUUGUGGCUGACAGUCGACCUUUGUGGAUCAGGAUGAACUACAGUAUGAGAAUUCCUGUUGCUGCUGCUGCUAUAUUUGUAGCUAUUCCAUACAGCAUCUCACUUACUGCCCAGUGGUUGUAUGGAUGGCCUGAUAAACCCGGCUACAAAAAGUAUAUAGAGGCUCUCAAACCCAGGCGGAUCUACGGUUUGACGAGGGCUGUGCUGGAAAUGAUGAAGUAUCUGCAGUACAGCAGGUUAUAUUUCCAGUGGAAUCUGUGGUACAAGAAAAACAAUAAGAAGCAGUGUGUUAAAGGCAUUCCCUUUGGUCACAGAGGCAACAAAUUAGACUUGUAUCAUUCUCCAAGAUUGGAGCAGUCAGACCCAGAGCUCAUCCCAGUAGUAGUGUUUAUCUAUGGAGGAGCCUGGGGCUCAGGAGAGAGAUCCAUGUACUGUCUGCUUGCUCUACAACUAGCUAAAGAGCUUAAUGCUUCAGUGAUUUGCCCUGAUUAUACCACAUAUCCAAAGGGGAAUGUUUUAAAUAUGGUCCAGGACAUAAGUGACAGUCUGAUGUGGGUGAAAGAGAACGGACAUUCCUUCCAUCUCGACAAAGAUAACAUAGUGUUAAUAGGCCACUCUGCAGGAGCUCAUCUGUGCACACUGACCACGCUGUUUCUGCUGGAAGGUGUGGAGUCGCUGUUCAUCGAGCCGUUGACUCAGACAGAAAUUAUAAACUCUAUUAAAGGCAUCAUAGGAUUGAGUGGCGUGUACGAUAUAAUGGACCAUUACGAACACGAGAAGACACGAGCUGUUGAAUACAUCUCCACUAUGCACAAAGCCAUGGAUGGUGUCGAGAACUUUGAGUUCUACUCACCUUCAGCUCGAAUCAGAAAGCUAAACAAGGAUCAGUUAAAAAGAGUUCCUCCAAUGGGAUUAAUCCAUGGCACUGAUGACAUCAUCGUUCCCGCAGAGUCGUCAGUGCGACUGUGUGAGCUCCUCACUUCACUCUCUGUCACCGCCACCUUGUACCUCCUGCCCAAAAUUAAUCACACUGAGGUGGUUACGGAUCUCAUGGCACAAGACAGGCGCUUGUAUCAUACGGUGUUUGGCUGUGUCAAACAGGAAUACCAAAAAUUAAUUAGAACGUCCUAAGUUAUGGCUUUUUUUUUUUGUCUUCACGCUUCUGUUGUUCUCUCAAGAAAAUAAACUCGAGUAAUUUAAUACAAGGUGAAUAAGAAAUAUAGUAUUCUUAAUAAAAAUAUUUAUAAUCUGUACUAAUGUAUGAGAGGAAUAUUUUUCAUCUAGAAGAAAUAUGGAAAUAAAAAUGUUUCCCAUGUCAUCAAAUGUAUUUUUCACUCAGCAGACAUUAAACCAAAAUGUUGUAGAAA